AUGGUGAGGAGAUCGAGAAAGCUAUCUAAAUUAGAAGACCUUGAGUCCAAAAGCCCUCCGAUAUUACAGAUCAAUUACAAUGAACCCCUAUUCUCAAGUGCUGCGCACCCCACAGAACCUCUUCUAGUUUCUGGUCUUGCUACUGGACAUGUCUUUUGUCAUAGAUACGACGAUGAAGCUCUUGAGGAAUCCUUGUGGAGCGCAAAAAGCGCAUUCAACAGAAUAAACAAAGAAGAUUUUACAAUCUCCCAACUAAAAAAGAAGUGGUGGACUGAGGUUGACCACAGCGAUUCAAAUUCCACUGUUGACGUUGUCUGGAAAACCAGAAGACAUCAGGGCUCAUGUCGUUCCGUGAUCUUCGACUGUCGUGAAGAUGUAGUCGGAGAGUCAAUUUUUUCUGUUGGCACGGACCACAUCAUAAAGAGGGCAAAUACCGAAACAGGAAAAGUUAUAGGGAAGUCUAAUCUCUCACCGCAUUAUGACGAUUCAAAAGAAGCAGUCACCACGUUACAGAUGUCUACAUCACAUCCGUUUUUACUCGCAGGGACAGAAAAUGGACAGGUUCUUGUGUUCGAUAGUAAUGAACUACGAGGGAAUUCACUAAAGUUCAAAUUGGCGCAGCUACACGAAGACUCGAUCAACAAAAUUUUACCAAUGCCUGCUAUAUCCCCAUAUCAUUAUUUGACGCUUGGGUCGACGACACUUGCACAUUUUGAUAUCAGAAAAGGCUUAAUCACUCAGUCAGAUGACCAGUCAGAUGAGCUUCUUUCGAUGUGCUACCCAAAUGAAUUCUAUGAUAAAAACGGGAAUGAUACAGUGUUAGUAUCUCAUGGGGAAGGAAUUGUAACUAUUUGGAAGAAUUCUGUCAACAGAUUAUCGGAUCAGAUACUGCGCAUUAAAGUCAAUAAAAAUGCAUCGAUUGAUGUAAUAAUGCCCACCAUGAACGGUGAGAAUAGUGAGCUUAAUUGCGUUUGGUGUGGUGAUAGCGAGGGGUUGCUUCACAAAGUGGACUACAAAAAAUCUAAGGUUGUUGAAACUAGGGUACAUUCAGCCACCAUGGGCAAGCUUGGGGGUAUCGACGAAGUCGGUUGCCUAGACAUCGAUUACAAGUACAGACUCGUCAGUUCAGGGAUGGAGGGGUUGAAAAUCUGGAGUAAAGGAGCGGACACUGAUUCUGAUAAUGAUGACAGCGACGUGAGUGUCGUUGAGAGUAGUACGGAUAGCUCCAGCGAAGAGGAUUUGGACUGCUCAUCUCUGUCAGAAAACGCUGAUUCAUAUGGUGCAGAGGGUUUAAAGCAACCUCCUCUAAGCUCAGAUGGUAAAAAAGAAAAUGAAAGGAGACUGGAAACGUUUUGCAAUCAAAGUGAUCCUCAUGAUGAAGGUGAAAACAUGCAACUUGCCAAGAAGAGACGCGAGGUAUCGGAGCGUUUUACACAAUCGAAGAAAGCUAGACCGGAACACAUCGGUGAAUCUACGAAAAACUCAAUUUCUUCUAAGGCGUCCGAACUGAAGAAGGUUUCAAGCAAAACAUCAAAGGCUUCAAAGAGUGGCAUACAAAAAUUUGAUGGCUUGUGA